AUGGUGGUGAAGACCUACAUGGACAUGGACCAGGACAGCGAGGAGGAGAAGCAGCAGUAUCUGAACCUGGCUCUCCAUCUGGCCUCCGAGUUCUUCCUGAGGAACCCCAACAAGGACGUGCGUCUCCUGGUGGCCUGCUGCCUGGCUGACAUCUUCAGGAUCUACGCCCCUGAGGCCCCUUACACCUCACACGACAAGCUGAAGGACAUCUUCCUGUUCAUCACCAGACAGCUGAAAGGACUGGAAGACACCAAGAGCCCACAGUUCAAUAGAUACUUCUACCUGCUGGAGAACCUGGCGUGGGUGAAGUCGUACAACAUCUGCUUUGAGCUGGAGGACUGCAACGACAUCUUUAUCCAGCUCUUCAAGACGCUCUUCUCUGUCAUCAAUAACAGUCACAAUCAGAAGGUCCAGAUGCACAUGUUGGACCUGAUGAGUUCUAUAAUAAUGGAGGGAGACGGAGUCACACAGGAACUACUGGACACCAUACUGAUUAACCUGAUACCUGCUCACAAGAACCUGAAUAAGCAGGCGUACGACUUGGCCAAGACUCUGCUGAAGAGGACCGUUCAGACCAUAGAAACAUGUAUCGCAAACUUCUUUAACCAGGUGCUGGUGAUGGGCAAGUCUUCAGUCAGUGAUCUGUCAGAACACGUGUUUGAUCUGAUCCAGGAGCUGUUCUCCAUCGACCCUCUGCUGCUCACGUCCGUCAUGCCCCAGCUAGAGUUUAAACUCAAGAGUAAUGACGGAGAAGAACGGCUAGCUGUGGUCAGACUGCUGGCCAAGCUGUUUGGAGCCAAAGACUCAGAACUGGCCACUCAGAACAGACCGCUGUGGCAAUGCUUCCUGGGACGGUUCAAUGACAUCCAUGUCCCAGUGAGGCUCGAGUCGGUCAAGUUCGCUUCCCACUGUCUGAUGAACCAUCCAGACCUGGCCAGAGACCUCACAGAGUUCCUGAAAGUGCGAUCACAUGACCCAGAGGAGGCGAUCCGACACGACGUCAUCGUAACGAUCAUCAACGCGGGGAAGAAAGACCUGAACCUGGUUAACGACCAACUGCUGGGCUUCGUUAGGGAGAGGACCCUGGACAAGAGGUGGAGGGUACGUAAGGAGGCGAUGAUGGGUUUGGCCCAGUUGUUUAAGAAGUACUGUCUCCAUCAUGAGGCUGGGAAGGAACAGGCCCAGAAGAUCUCCUGGAUCAAAGACAAGCUGCUCCACAUCUACUACCAGAACAGCAUCGACGACAAGUUGUUAGUAGAGAAGAUAUUUGCUCAGUACAUGGUUCCUCACAGUCUGGACACUGAGGAGAAGAUGAAAUGUCUUUACUAUCUGUAUGCCUGUCUGGAUACCAACGCUGUCAAGGCUCUGAAUGAGAUGUGGAAGUGUCAGAACAUGUUGAGAGGUUUGGUCAGAGAACUGCUGGACCUUCACAAACUACCUGCCUCUGAAGCCAACACCACGGCCAUGUUUGGAAAGCUGAUGACCAUUAGCAAGAACCUCCCUGAUGCUGGUAAGGCCCAGGACUUCAUGAAGCGGUUUAACCAGGUGUUAGGAGAAGACGAGAAGCUCAGAGUCCAGCUGGAUACUCUCAUCAGCCCAACCUGCUCCUGUAAACAGGCUGAACUCUGUGUGAGGGAGAUUACUCGUAAACUGACGUUCCCGAAGCAGCCCACCAACCCCUUCCUGGAGAUGGUGAAGUUCCUGUUGGAACGCAUCGCGCCCGUCCACAUCGACUCAGAGGCCAUCAGUGCUCUGGUCAAGCUGCUGAAUAAGUCUAUCGAGGGAACGGCUGAUGAUGAUGAGGAAGGUGUCACACCAGACACUGCCAUCCGCUCUGGACUGGAACUACUGAAGGUUCUGUCCUUCACCCACCCCACAGCGUUCCACUCUGCUGAGACGUAUGAGUCUCUGCUUCAGUGUCUGAAGAUGGAGGAUGACAAGGUGGCCGAGGCGGCCAUUCAGAUCUUCAGGAACACCGGACAGAAAAUAGAGACCGAACUACAGCAGAUACGAUCGACCCUGAUCCCAGUCCUUCAUCAGAAGGCUAAACGUGGGACCCCCCACCAGGCCAAACAGGCUGUCCACUGUAUCCACGCCAUCUUCUGUAACAAGGAGGUCCAGCUGGCGCAGAUCUUUGAG